CAUUAUUGUAGCAUUAUAAUAUGUCGCCGAGUGUCAAUGGAGUGUGUUCUGUUCAUCAUACUACAGGUAUUGUACUUGUACCGGGAGGAGAGACAUAUUGGUGAUGAAGAUCACAACAAGAGUAGUCUGAACAGGAUGCGCGUGCGCAUGGCGACCGCGGCCGCCGCCCUCCCCUCACACCUCCACGUACCUCACCCUCGCCCCUCACCCGCGGCCCGCUGCACGGCGACACGAGUCGAUCAGCUGACCGAAGACCGUCCACCACCGGGGAGAGGUGACGUCACCACCACUCGACACAACCACGAAACGACACUAGGAAGGAACAAGGAACAUUCGCCAGCCAAGGGACGAGGGGCGAGCGGGUACGCGGAGUUCCUUUGUUUACGUGGGGCGGGGCGGGCUCAAGGUCGAGGGCGGCGGGCGACGGGCGCGGGCCGGCGCUCACUUACCGGCCCGGAGACGCCGCUCCUGCAAUUCGAUGAAGCGAGCCGCCUCCAGCAGCGUGUCGAGGAGGCUCAUGGCGGCGGACGGCAGGCGGGUAGCGGCAGGCGGCACGGCCCGCGCGGUCCAGGCGCGCCCGCUGUCACGCCGCGACUGGCGGCCGGCCACGCGCCCGCCGGCGACUCACGUGGCCGAGCCUCGCGGCGACCAAUCCCCAGCCUGCGCGCGCAUCACGUGGCCUUCAUAUCAACGAAUCAGAGCGGCCGGUUGUUGAAUGCGAUCGAUGCGCGGGUAGCGGGGAAGGCUUGUGACGCGGCGCGCUUUGUUUAUUGUCUGUACUGUGUAAUCUGUUCCUGUACUCUGUAGCGAGCCGGAGUCUCGCACGUGCCUCUUCUCUCCUCCUUCCUCCUCAUCCUCCUCGACCUCCAUCACCGUCGUCAUCUUGUGAUUCUUCAUUCUAAACAGUUCGCAAUCAUUUUCGAUCUACGACGUGGAACGAUCGCCCUGUAUUUGUGUGUGUGUACCGUGUAUAUGAUUGUUUGUGAGUGUGUAUAACGAGUCACUAUUGACACAUCCUUGUUCUAUACUUUCACGUGAACAAACCACUUCGAGCACGUUACUUCCCACUCCUAAGACGUUGAAUUGAUAUCAUAUUGAAUGGCGCGCUUUUCAUACAAACUUUUCAAUGUAUGAACAUUUAUAUGAUAAUAGGUGAUUGUAAAUAAAUUACACAACUUUUA